CACCGGCGGGGAGAGGAAGGAGGCUGAGGCUGCGGAUGAAGACAAUGAUAACAUUUUAAACAACACACGCAGGAGCUGGAUUACAACUUCACACCGUGCAUGAGGAGCGUCACUCUGCUGCAGACCGCCACAGCCUGAAGCCUUCCUGCCAAAUCCGGGACCAUGUCUGGAGUGUUCGAGGAGCCCGGCAGCCAGGAGGAGACCACAGACAGCUUCUGGGAGGUUGGAAACUACAAGCGCACAGUGAAGCGGAUCGACGAUGGUCACCGGCUCUGCAACGACGUGAUGAGCUGCAUCCAGGAGCGGGCCAAGAUCGAGAAGGCCUACGCUCAGCAGCUGACCGACUGGUCCAAGAGAUGGAGACAGCUGGUGGACAAAGGACCUCAGUACGGCACGGUGGAGCGCGCCUGGAUGGCGGUGAUGACGGAGGCCGAGAAGGUGAGCGAGCUCCACCAGGACGUGAAGAACCAACUGAUCAACGAGGACUUUGAGAAGGUGAAGAACUGGCAGAAAGACUCGUACCACAAGCAGAUGAUGGGAGGAUUCAAGGAAACCAAAGAGGCAGACGAGGGCUUCAAGAAGGCUCAGAAGCCCUGGGCCAAGAAGCUGAAAGAGCUGGAGGCUUCCAAGAAGACGUACCACAUGGCCUGUAAAGAGGAGAAGCUGGCCUCCACCAGAGAGGCCAACAGUAAGGGCGAGGCCUCGGUCGCAGCCGACCAGCAGAAGAAGCUCCAAGAGAAACUGGACAAGUGCAAACAGGAUUCACAGAAGGCGAAGGAGAAGUACGAGAAGUCUCUGGACGAGCUGAAUAAGAGCACCCCUCAGUACAUGGAGAACAUGGAGCAGGUGUUCAACCAGUGUCAGCAGUUUGAGGAGAAGAGGCUGAGCUUCCUCCGAGAGGUGCUGCUGGACGUCAAGCGCCAUCUCAACCUCACAGAGAACCAAAGUUAUGCUACAGUUUACAGAGACCUUGAACGCACCAUCACGUCAGCCAGCGCGGAGGACGAUCUGAAGCUGUUCAGCAACAUCCACGGCCCCGAGAUGCACAUGAACUGGCCCCAGUUUGAGGAAUACAACCCGGAGCUUUCCCACAGCAUCUCGAAGAAGGAGAAGUCAAAGAAAGGCAGCGAUGGCAUCAUGCUGACCAACGUCUCAUCAUCAGUGGACCAAGUUCAGGCUGGAGACAGCGGAAGUGUCAGCAGCUACGAGAAGAACCAGGCGUUAAUGGCGUCCACCGAGUGGUCGGACGAGGACCAGAUGGCCCCGGACUCGGGCAACGACACCAACGGGGCGGUGAACCCCUUCGAGGAGGACGCGGUGCCGGGCGUGAGAGUGAAGGCGCUGUACGACUACGACGGACAGGAGCAGGACGAGCUCAGCUUCAGAGCAGGUGACGAGCUGAUCAAGCUGGAGGACGAGGACGAGCAGGGCUGGUGUAAAGGACGUCUGGACACCGGCAAGCUGGGUCUCUACCCGGCCAAUUACGUGGAGCCGAUCUAACCCGCUCCAGCUGAGGACACUUGUCUCGUCGGAAGGGGACAAACCCAGACUGAACCGUCCGGUCGUGAACGCACAUUGCCAGAGAGACUUUUCAAAGCAAAGCUUCCCCCGGGCUCUCGGGGCUCAGUCGCCAUCGCAGCGCUCAUCACAGACGAGACUGAAACCGAAUCUCCCACAGACUCCGCAACCCAAACAAAAACACCCGAGUUUCUUUUUGUGUGUCGCUGUGUGUGAUUUCGGCUUUGAUGCUAACAUGCCAUACAGUUCGUCCUCUCAUCUUAUUGAUAUGGUAUCGUCACUGGUGCCUGGACAGCGGGAAUGAGCCAUGCAUUGUGCAUUUCAUGUAUAUAUUCUAAUCUCUCUUUUUUUUUUUUUUUUACAGUCUGGAUACUUGUACAGUUUUUCUUCCUUUGUUGAAUAUUUACAUGUUUAGCUUCAUGGGAAUAGUUUGACAAUUUCGGGGGGAAUGUGCUAAUUUACUGUUUAAGACGAGAAGAUCGACACCACUCUCGUGAUAAAUAUCAAAUCAGUUUCCGUAGAACAGUGUCCUUACUUUGAACAUGUGCUUUUCAUUUUCCAUAAUUUAUUUUUGCCACCGAUCUGUGCUACAGUCUGAUAUUUUAUGUGGUGUCUGUCCCUGCUUUUAUUUAUACAUGAAAUAUAGAUGAAUUUCAUUUACUGCCCAUCUUGACCAGGAGUCCCCAGUGGAAGAUGUAUACAUCUCUCAAUUAGACCUGAUUUAAAUAAGGGCAUCACGGUCAUGGAGGUUCUUGGUUUGGCUGGAGUCUUGCUGCGUGGAGUUUGGAUGUUCUUAUGUCUGGAACUCAUCUCAAACUGGUUAAUUGGAGACUCUAGGUUGACAUUAUAAUGGUUUGUCUUUGUUUGCCCCAUGAUGGCCUGACGCCCUGUCCCUUAUAGGAUAAAGCCUUGUAGAUGAUGGACUUACAAAAACUUCUGAAAUUGCUCCGGUAGGUCGUCUCCGCUGGCAGCUACCACACGGUGGGAGGGGCUCUAAUGUAAUCCAAUGGGGCAACUACGACAAUUCACUAAAUCAGUUAUUCUGGAUCUUUGCUAAUGGGCUGACAACCUUACACGUGUUACCUAGCUUAGCUUAGCAUAAAGAUUGGGAACAGGGGAAAACAAGCGAUCAAAUCUUCUCAUUGAGUUCCACUGUCGGCCAAAUGAGCUUAAAUAAGCAUAAUUCUCAAAAAUGUUGCUCUAUAACUUUAGUAGUUUUUUGCUCAAUUCCACAGCGUAUCACUGUAAUUGGAAAAAACAAGAUAAAAACAUAUUUUGCCCUCAGUAAAAAAUACAAAAUAACCUCCCUGAAGUUUCUCUUUCUCAGCAGAACUUCUCUUUGAUAUGGAAAUAGCUUCUCCACCACACUUCUGCGAGGAUUGUUUACAUUAGCCUGUUCAGACUUUCCUCUUUCAUCGACUCGCUCCUCCGGUUUUGUUCCUACGUGUGUUAAUAAUUUAGACAAAUCCAAAACCUGAAUGGAAAUUCAACCUCGCUCACGGCUGUAUUUGUACAGAAACCUCAUCUCUGAACAAAAGUUUUAAUUUGUCUUUUCUUUCGUCUUCCUGCUGAGACUUGUUUACUCUGAGUGAAUGCUACUGACUGUGUAUUAUCGGCUUCCAGCUCUUAUCUGUGAUUAUGUGCAUGCUGAUGCUCCCCAACACUGUUAACCGCUCUGAUCUGAACUGAUCCAGUGCAUGGCCUCCAUUUGUUUCCACUAAGUUAUUCACAGAUUUAUGGAUUUCAUCAAAAUUCGCAUCGGGAUAAUAAUGACGAUGAUUAUAAUGAUCCCAUUGACUUGAAUUAUGUUCUAAAAUACUGGCUGUAUUACACUGGAAAGAGAAAAUUGUUGAAUCAAUAACAAAAAAUAACACUGUCAAUUGAUACCAUACAAAUUAAUUAAGUAUGUUAAAAUUAAGUUUAUAUUGACACAAUUAUCAAAAAUCAAAAUUCAUUUGUUUUUAUCUAUUUUUUUACUAUUUCCUUUUUUUUCAAUGUACAAACCUUUGUUUUUUGUAUUUUUUAUUGAAUAACAAUCUACAUUUUAAUCAGGAAAACUAAAUCAAAUCUUUAUUUGUUUGUUGUCUUUUUAAGUUGGUAAACAAUUUAAAUUCUCUAGUGUACUUCUUUAUAUUUAAAUAUGUGGGUUUUGGUCGGGAAACCUAAAUCAAACCUUAAAGGUUCAGUGUGUAGAAUUUAGUGACAUCUAGUGGUUCAGUUUCGUGUUGCAGCCCACCUCACCUCACCCUCCCCUUUCCAAACAUGAAAGAGAACCUGUGGCAGCCUUCAGUUGUCAUAAAAACUCAAAAGGUGAUUAGUUUGUCCAGUCUGGGCUACCGUAUAAAGUAUUAAUAUGUAAAAUGGCCCAUUCUAGUGUAAAGAAAACAACAAUUACUACAAUUUAGAUGAAACACGUUAGUUAAAACAUCACUAGGAUUAUUUUAUAUUCAAUUUCUACCAAUAGAUAAUUUUCACCUGAAUCUUACACACUGGACCUUUGCUCUACAUGUCAUUUGAGACCGGUCCUUUACUCUUUGUGACCACGAGCGUCGGCGAACACGACACCGACGCUCGUUCUCUUCUGAUGAUGACUCAGAGAAAGCUGCAGCGUGAAAAAACGCAGACAGAGGAUCCGUCUCUGAAAUAUUGAUGAGACGGUUUCUGCAGGGACGUGGGUCUGGUUGAGGUGUUUGUGCUUCUGUGUGCUUUAAAAAAAAAUGAAGAGCUGCUUCCUGUGAACACUGGCUUCGGAGUCUUGUGAAAUAGAAAUUGCCUUACGCCAAAUUCUGCCACCCUGCCUCUCCAAAGACUGUCAACCAUCACGUUCAACAGAGUGAGGAGAGCUCGCCUCAGAAUCCGACGCCAUGUCUUCCAGCUCAGUUUACACCGACGCUGCACCCAGGCCCUCUUUUCACUGACUUUCGAAAAUACCUCCGCAUUGUAACUGUCUUAGCGUUCAUUGUCUUUAACUGUAUUUGAAACAGAAUGGGACUGUUUACAAGGGUUCUGUUAAGGUAAAGCUUCGGCUGCAGUUGAGUCAUAUGUUUUUAUUUUCUGCUCGGCUUUUCUCUUUUUCUUCAGUCAGCUCCAAACUGUAGUGCCUGUUCACCUGCAUACGCAACAAUAAACAA